CAUCUGGCCCUUGUUUUCGUCGGCAAGCCUUGGCUCUGCUCUCCAAGAAUCACAGUUCUGGGAAAGGCUACUUACAGGGGUGCCCCCAGACUCCUGGGGGGGGGGCUGGGCCAGGCUCUGGAAGCAGACAGUGAUGGCGACUAGCCUGUAUAGAGCACCUGCUGUGUGCCAGGCACUGCACUAACACUUUAGGGUCGCAUCGGAUCCUCCCAACAGCCCUGGCAGGGAGGGGCUGCUCUCAGCCCCCCGUCUUUACAGAGGAGGAAAAGGAGGCAAAGAUGGAAUGACUUGCCCAGGGUCACCCAGCCUGGCCAGUGUCUGUGGUAGGAUUUGAACUCAGAUCCAAUAAGCUAAGAUUCCCUCCAGGUCUGAGCCUGAUCUUGUCAGCCAGUGGCGGGCAGGGCCCUCCCCCCCCGGGCUCCUUCGGACAAAUGGACAGAAGUAGGGAGGGGGCCGGGAGGCCCCGGACCCUCCUCUCUGGGCUCGGCACCCCCUCGGUAAACGAUCUUCCCGUUGCAGAUGUCGGCGGCGCCCUGGAGCCUGGCUGGCCACGGCCCCUCGUUGCGCCGAAUGGCCCUUCAGCCCGUGGCCUCUUCGGGUUGUUUGAACUGCAGCAAGGUGGCCGAGCUGACCGAGCGGCUGAAGACGCUGGAGGCCAAGGUGUCCAUGCUGGUGGUAACUGAGCAGUCAGCAUCCCUGCCCCUUGGCGCUCCCCCAGAGGCCAAAGGGAGCAGGGGGGACCCAGCCCUGCUGUGGGGGUUACCGGCUGCCCAGGGGAGCCCUGGAGAUGAAGGAGCCAGAGGGCCUCCUGGAACUGGAGAGCAACGGAGGGGAACUGUGUUCACCUGGGAUGGCCGAGGAGGUGUUCCAGGACCACCAGGGCCUUCUGGCCCCAAAGGAGACACAGGCAGCCGUGGCCCUUCUGGAGUGCCUGGGCUGAAGGGCCCAGCUGGACCACCAGGGCCCCAAGGACCACCUGGCAGCCCAGGUCAGGAUGGGGCUAAGGGAGAGAGGGGCCCCCCAGGGCCUCCUGGCCUCCCAGCCCCCGCUGGACCCUCUACAGCUCAGAUCUCUGAACAGGGAGAUCCGCUGCUCUCCAACACCUUCAUUGAAACUGGGGGCCUCAGCAUCCAGGGGCCUGUGGGCCCGCCAGGCCCCAUGGGGCCCAUGGGUCCCCCAGGUCCUCCAGGCCCAGCGGGCAUCCCAGGCACACCUGGCCACAAGGGUUCACCAGGCCCAUCUGGAGCUGAAGGAAGGAACGGCCUCCCAGGGGAGAAGGGUGAGCGAGGUGACCAGGGGGAUCCGGGCCCCAGAGGCUUAGCAGGAGAGCGGGGUGAACCAGGCCCCAAAGGUGACCCUGGAGAGAAGGGCCAUUGGAACCGGACCUGGGCUCCGGGGCAGCGCCCCCCAACAUCGGGGCCCCCGGCUUCCCUCGGGGCAAACGGGCAGGAGGACCCACCACCUACCGGAUCGUCUCCCGUCUCCUGGCCCAGGGGAGUGAGGACCGGAAGGACUGAGGCCGGUCAGCGUGGUCGCCGGGGGCCCUCCCCACCUCGGACUUCUGGGCUCUCGUCCCCCAGCCGGGGCCCCCAGGUUCGAGCCCCCAGUUAUCUGAGUGGGGCCGUGCCCAGGACACAGACUGAACGUGAGCCUCCCAAGGCCGGAGGGCCAGCUUCCUGGGCCUUCGCCGAGAGGCCACUCUCGAGAGCUGGACGCAGCAGAAGGGAGUUAGAGCUGAUGCCCUCCCCGCUUGCCCACCCUCACUCCGGCAGCCCACCCCAGCUCCUUUCCCCUCUUCUGGGGUGCUCCUUGGGGAGCCAUGUCACACAGGGUGGGGGUGGGGGCUCAUCUGAGGCCAGCCCCGGGAGUGAGCAAGCUCAGGCCUUCCCCCCCCCAGAACAAGCCCUGACCCGCCUCUCAGCCCCCCACUUGGUACUUGUGGUGCUAGGUUCCCCCCAAACCAAGGUCAAGUACCAGCCAGUCCUCUGACAGGAGGUGGGGGCCCCAGCAGAGCCCCUGGGGCGCAGGGGGGCUCUUCCGGUUUACAAAGCAGAGAGCUGCUCAGGGCCCCCAUACGCUGGGUCCUGGCACUAAGGGUGCCUCUGAGGCCCAGGGCACACGGGCCCUGCCUCCACCCCCCACCCUCGGUGAAAAGCGCUUCCAGAAGAGAACUGGGCCCUGGCUGGCCUCCCCCGGCAGGGUGGUGCCUAGAAAGAAGGCCGGAGGGAAAGUCUGAAGCCCUGGGCUCCCGGCAUUCCCUCACCUGUAAAAUGAGCUCGCAAGGUCGGAGAGGCCACAACGAGGCUAUGCCCCGCCCCCUGAAAUCGGGACCCACAGCGCCCCCUGCGGCUGGAAGGGAGCCCGCCCAGCGACUCCGCUCCCGGCAACCAAGCACCCGCACCCACUUCUCUUAAAGAUGAACGGACUUUAUUCGG